AUGGCGCGGGUCAUGCGCGCGCGCAACAGCUAUCGAAGCCUACCGCGCUCUCAACAGGCUCGCGUGUCCACCUUCAUUCGCAAGCUGCGGCGCAUUAGCCAGGAUGCCAUCGUCACCAAUGAUCGACUGGUGAAAACCAUCGCCAUUCAAUCUGGCCUCUUUGAUCCUGCCGAGGCGGAGGCCCAAGUCGCCACCCCGGCACAGGCUUUGCGAGAAGCCGUGGUCUCCCAGCAGAGAGCCUCGUCCAACGAAGGAGGGGCACCGUCAACACAGCAACUUGAGCACUCUGGACAUUCGUCUGGGCAUCACUCCCAUGAUCACUCCGCUGGUGUGCAGAUUGAUCCUCCAAACACCGCACCCCAACCAGACGGACCACCGACCGAUUUUGAAAUGGACAAAGUUUAUACGACCAUCAAGCAGUUUUAUCGCGAUUGGUCAGCCGAGGGUCAAAGCGAACGGGACCACAGCUAUGGUCGCCUGUUAGAUGCGGUGGACAAGGCUUUUGCCAACGCACCAAAGUAUCAAUCCUUUUGA